CACAGUUACAACACUACUUCUAAGUAGCAGAUCCUAGAAGAUUGAGCGUCAGGGACUCAGUAUAUUCGAUUAUCCUACGUAUUCAAGUAUACUCUGUAUACUGCGCAAUAAUACCCAUAAGUAGCAAGAUAUGAAUCAGUCAUCCGGUGCUUAUUGAGGUAUACCCUAUUUUAAACCAGGUCAACGCGCUGAACAACUGUCAUCUAUGUUCAUACCCCAGAGGUUCACCAGUUGGCCUGAGUCACGAGAGAAAUCUUGCCUCAGGCAUAAGUCACAUGACAUUUUCGAAGCGAAGCGCUAAGCCCUGCCCGCACAAAAAAACCACUACUACCGGAGGCCCUUGAAGACGGUCGACAACCUCAUUCUCGCCAGUCCAUACACUCAGCUCGCCGUCGCGACAAGCCUUCAAGAUGCCGAGCCACAAGAGUUUCCGCACCAAGCAGAAGCUUGCCAAAGCUCAGAGACAGAACCGUCCUAUCCCCCAGUGGAUUCGUCUCAGGACCGGUAACACCAUCAGAUAUAACGCCAAGCGGAGGCACUGGCGCAAGACCCGUCUCGGUCUGUAAACUUGGAAUCUCUCCUUCGACCGAGAUGUCAAUCCCCGAUUGUUUCGUUCAUCUGUGAUACCGAAAACGUUGCUCGCGAUGAUUAAUCUGCGUCCUGAAUCCGGCCCGCUUCAACAUCUUUCUCUCGCCAAACUUUGAUCUAUGUUCGGAAUCCUUGGCAAAUAUCUCUCAUCCUGAUAAUUUUUUAAAAUACUCAGGAUGAUGUACGGAUAAUGAUCAAAUCGGAAUCGGUGGUGGGUUCUGUGAUGGAACGUACUUUGCAAAUUAUGUACACGAGCUGAGACAAAAUAAAAAAUUAUGAUGGAUAAUGAGCAGUGAACGAAGAUUUUUCAGGGAUGUUUCCACAUAUCACACCUAAAACAUGAAGACAAACUGAAGGGAACAUGUUCGUGAAGGGCAGUUAUCUACGAACUACGCUACCUUUCCCUUCCCUAUUUAAGUACACCCGCAAGCGUACGCCUCGGUAUCUGCGAGUUGGAUUGUGCAGUCAGUUUGGGGAGCGGCAGGGAUGAGCGAACACUUCGGGACACCAGAAGCCGCUGCGAUGUAUCUCACUUAUGUCUAUCGUAGUGUAAUUGCGCGUACUGUUGUAUCCUUGAUUUAGUCCCUGCAGUGGCCCAUACCUCUUAAGGCAGCGUGUUGUCAAAUCUGCCCUCUCUUUAUUGCGUCGUAGGCCUCUAGUCUAUGCAAAUCGAGGUA